AUGAGGAGUGCAACUGAAGAAAGCGUUGGAAUCACUGAAUACAAUAAUGAUUUUGCAGGUAUGAACGGAAUUAUAAAGCAUAGGUACUCUGAUUUUCAUGUUCAUGAAAUUGAUCAAGAUGGAAAGAUCAUUUAUCUUACUUCUCUUGAAAAAUUAGAACCUGUUCCAUUCCCAGAAGGUUUUGAAGAAUGGGUUUCUAAAUCUGGCUAUCCAUUUUUCAAAUUUACUCCAGAAAAUAAAUAUCAACUUUCACAAAUUUACUUUAAACAUCCAGAAUUGAAAAUUUCAAUUGAAAACAAAGUAGUUACACUUGAAAAACAGACAAGAAGAAGGCCAAGACCAAUGGUUAUUUCAAUGGUCAUUUGUAAAGAGAAUACAAACCAGCAAGAGUCCAUUUCAAAGCUUUCCAAAAAGCUUAACAUCAAGAAGAACCAAAUAGGAAUUGCCGGAAACAAAGACAAACGUGCAAUUACAACACAAGUCAUGACAAUCAGAGAUGUAGGCAUUAAUUCACUUGAACAACUAGCAAACCUUACAGACAAAAUCAAAUGCGGCAUGUUUUACCAAGCAAUGAAUCCUGUAAACCUUGGAGAUUUAAAUGGAAAUCAUUUUACUUUAGUUCUUCGAAAUUUAACAAUCCCUGGAUGCGAAACAGUCGAAGAACUUAGGGAAGGUCUGAAAAUCAGAAUGGAAGCUUUAUCAGAAAAAGGAUUUAUAAAUUAUUUCGGAAUGCAACGAUUUGGAACAACAGCGAUGUCCACGCAUACAAUAGGUAUCGCAAUACUUCGUAAGGAAUGGCAGAAAGUCAUUGAUAUGAUCAUGUCUCCUAUAGAAGGAAACCAAGAAGAUGUAAACAAGGCGAAAACGAUUUACAUGAAGACGCAUGAUGCAGAAAAGGCCUAUGCAUUAAUGCCGAAGCAUGCAGCUACAGAGAAAUCCAUUUUGGCCGCUGCGAAGAAAGGAAUUAAAAAUCCAUUUGAAUUAUUUAAAGUAAUUGACAGAAGACAGAGACUUUUGUAUUGCCAUGCUUAUCAGAGUUAUGUAUGGAACCAUUGUGCAAGUGCUAGAGUAAAAAGAAGUGGUUUUAAAGUUGUUCCAGGAGAUAUUGUCGAAGAAAACAGAAAUUACGUGACAGUUAAAGCAGGAAAUGAAAGCAAAUAUUCCCCGUUCGAUAUUGUCAUCCCUCUUCCAGCAGAUGGCUGCAUUUCACCAGAUGCCGAAGAAUUACUCAAAAAAGACGGAAUAGAACAAUCAAUGUUCUCUGCUCAGAAGGAACUUGGCCUUGUAGGUGAUUAUAGAAAGUUAUUUGCUCAACCAACAGAUAUUUCCUUUGAUAUCAUUGAACACGACGAUAACGAUGCAGAACUUAUUGAUUCCGAUAUAGACAAAUUAGAAGGAAGAACAAACAAAGGAAAUCACGUUCCUGGAGGAAAAUUCAAAUCUGCAGUUGUUGAAUUCUCUCUUGGACCAAGCCAAUACGCAACAAUGUGCAUGAGAGAACUCAUGAAACGUACUACUGAGUGGUGGAAUGACUCUGACAUGUCAAAUAAGUCUGAAUCUGGUUGUUCGAGCUGGCACUGCAGAAUUUGCUAA